AUGCUUAGCCGAGCUUCUCUGCCAUGCAGGCCUUCAUGUCACCUAUGUCAACACUCACCACAACCACCAGCGCUUGGCCAACCGCCAAGCCCUCUCGACUCAUUUCCCCACCCUCCAUUUCGAGUCCAUCAGCGAUGGCCUCCCCGAGGACGACCCCCGUACCCGAGUAGCCAGUUGUUGAUUGCGUUGAAGACGUCCAUUAGGCCUCAUUUCCGGGAGCUGCUCAAAACCAUUUCACUUAAGGCCGAAUCGAAUGAUGCUCUGGUGCCGCCUCCGAGCUGUAUCGUGACAGAUGGGCUCGUGACUUUUGCGUUUGAUGUGGCGGAGGAGCUGGGGCUGCCCAUUCUAAGUUAUAACGUUCCUUGUCCUCGUUACCUGUGGACUUGUCUUUGUCUCCCCGAGCUCAUUGAGAAUGGCCAGCUUCCUUUUCAAGGCAAGAGUCUCUACUUCACCUCUUAUUUUAUUCAUCUCUACAUAUAUGAACGACCUCCAUGA